CUCUGUACACAACAUUGACCCAAAGUCUUUCAUCACCAAAUUUUUGCUAAAAAACAGCACAAUCUACAUUCACAAUUCUGCAAAAUCUCUUCUGAGUUCUAAUUUUGGCAAAGUUUCCUAUGGCUUCCACAAAUUCUAUUUCUAUUUUCAUCCCACAAUGGAAGUAUGAUGUUUUCUUGAGUUUUAGAGGUGAAGACACCUGAUUCAAUUUCACUGAUCACUUGUAUGCAAAUUUGUUUCGAAGAGGUAUUACUACCUUUAGAGAUGAUGAAUCACUUAAGAGAGGGGAAGAGAUUGCGCCUGAACUCCUAAAAGCUAUUGAAGAAUCAAGGUUUGCCCUAAUAGUUUUCUCGGAAAACUAUGCUGGUUCCAGAUGGUGUUUAGAUGAGCUGGUGAGUAUCAUGAAGUGCAGGAAAGAAAUGAAACAAACUGUGGUACCGAUUUUCUACCAUGUGGAUCCAUCCCAUGUACGAAACCAGACAGGAAAGUUUGGAGAGGCAUUUUCUAAUUACAAAGAAGAUUCAGAAGAGAUGAAAGAGAAGGUGGAAAGUUGGAGGAGCGCAUUGACAGAAGCAACCAAUAUAUCUGGAGAGCAUGUGAAGGAUGGGUAUGAGUCUGAGCAUAUUAAGAAAAUCGUCAACAACAUAUUCAUGAGAUUGAAUUGUAGAAUGUUUGAUGUUGGUGCCAACUUGGUUGGUAUGGAUUCCCAUGUAAAUGAGAUAAUUCGGCAACUAUGUGUUGAUCAAUUGAAUGAUGUUCGUAUAAUUGGUAUAUGUGGAAUAGGUGGAAUGGGUAAGACGAGUAUCGCCAAAGUUAUAUAUAAUAAAUUUUCUCAUGAAUUUGAGUAUAUGAGCUUUCUCGAAAAUGUUAGAGAAGUUGGCAAUACUAUGGGUUUGCAUCAUUUACAAAAUCAACUUCUUUGUGAUCUACUACAAGUGGAGAGAAAUCAAAAUGUAAGCAAUGUUGGCCAAGGAGCCAAUAUGAUAAAAAAUGUUCUCCGAUUUAAAAGAGUUUUUAUUGUUCUUGAUGACAUUGAUGAUUCAGAUCAAUUAGAAUAUUUACUCAGAAAUCGUGAUUGGCUUGGAAGAGGAAGCAGAGUCAUCAUAACAACUAGAAGUAAACAUUUGUUACAAGAAAUGGAUGACGUAUAUGAGGUUGAGGAAUUAAAUUUUGAACAAGCUCGUGAGCUUUUUAGUCUCUUUGCUUUUAGACAAAAUCUUCAUAAACAAGACUUUAUCCACCUCUCGAAUCGUGUAAUCUAUUAUUGUCAUGGCCUUCCUUUAGCUCUAAAAGUCCUCGGUUCUCUCUUGUUUAACAAGACAAUACUCCAAUGGGAAAGUGAAUUGUGUAAAUUGGAAAGAGAACCUGAAGUGAAAAUUCAAAAUGUGCUUAAAGUAAGCUUUGACGGAUUAGAUCAUACACAGAAGAAAAUAUUUCUUGAUAUUGCAUGUUUUUUUAAAGGGGAAGACAAAGACUUUGUUUCAAGGAUAUUGGAUAGUUGUGAUUUGUAUGCAGAGAUAGGAAUAAAAGUCCUCUAUGAUAAGUGUCUUAUAUCUCUUUCUGAAAAUAAGAUACUUAUGCAUGAUUUGGUACAAGAAAUGGGAUGGAACAUUAUUCGUAGUGAAUUUCCUGAUAAUCCUGGAAAAUGGAGCAGAUUGUGGGAUCCGAGUGAUGUGUAUCGUGCAUUUACAAUGAAGAAGGGGAUGAAAAAUGUUGAGGCCAUAUUCUUAAACUUGUCUAGAUCAAAACAACUACAAUUUAGUACAAAGGUUUUUGCAAAGAUGAAACGACUUAGAUUGCUCAAGAUUUAUGGGAUGGAUUGUUGUGGUUUCAUGAAAAAGGAGUAUAAAAUUAUUCUUCCUGAAGAUUUUCAAUUUCCUUCACAAGAGUUGAGAUAUCUUCAUUGGAAAGGAUACCCUUUGAAAUCAUUGCCGUCAAAUUUUCAUGGAGAGAACCUUGUUGUACUCAACAUGAUGGAUAGCAACAUAAAACAACUUUGGCAAGGAAAUAAGUGUUUGGGAAAGUUAAAGUUCUUAAAUUUACUAGGAUCAAAGCAGCUCACUGAAAUAUCAAACUUUUCAAAUAUGCCAAAUCUAGAGGAGUUAGAACUUGGAUAUUGUACAAGUUUGAAUAUCGUUGAUCCAUCUAUUGGAGUUCUCAAGAAGCUAACUUUGUUGAGUUUGAGUGGGUGUGAAAACCUUACGAGCUUACCAAGUAGCAUUCAAUACUUGGACUCUCUUGAAACCAUUUACUUGAAUAAUUGCUCAAACUUGGAGAAAUUUCUGGAGAUAGAGGAGAGUUCUAUGGAAGCUUUAACUUAUCUUCACUUUGAUGGAUCUGCUAUUAAGGAAUUACCCUCCGCAAUAGAAUAUCUCACUGGACUUAAGGAGUUGUAUAUGAAACACUGCAAAAACUUGAGGAGUCUUCCAAGUAGCAUUUGCAGGUUAAAGUCCCUUGAAGACCUCCAACUCUUUGUUUGUUCAAAUCUAGAUGCUUUUCCAGAAAUCAUGGAGGAUAUGAAAGAAUUUCUUGAUUUAAGAACAGGUAUAAAAGAGCUACCAUCAUCAAUGGAACAUCUUCUUAAUAUUAAUUCAUUGUUUUUGAGUGAUUGCAAGAACUUGAGGAGUCUUCUAAGCAGCAUUCGUAGGUUUAAAUCUUUUCGCCGACUCUUUCUCAAUGGGUGCUCAAGCCUACGGAACUUUCCCGAAAUCAUGGAGGGUAUGAAAUACUUAGAGGUGCUUGGUUUGGAAGGAACAGCUAUAAAAGAACUGCCAUCAUCAAUUCAAAAUCUGAAAAGCCUCCAAAUGUUGUAUUUGAGCAAUUGCAAGAACCUUGUGACUAUUCCAGACAGCAUUAAUGAUUUGAGAUGUCUUAGACGAUUGAUACUCCCUGGUUGUUCAAACUUGGAGAAGUUUCCCAAGAAUCUGGAAGGCUUAUGCACCUUAGUAGAACUAGAUUUGAGUCACUGCAAUCUAAUGGAAGGGUCGAUACCCACUGAUAUCUGGGGUCUAUAUUCCUUGUGUACAUUAAAUCUAAGUGGAAACCAUAUGGUUAGCAUACCAUCUGGCAUCACUCAACUUUGUAGACUUCGUCUCCUUGAUAUCAGUCACUGCAAGAUGCUCCAAGAAAUUCCAGAGCUUUCAUCAAGUCUACCACAAAUAGAUGCCCACGGCUGCACGAAGCUGGAAAUGUUAUCAAGUCCAUCAUCUCUACUCUGUCCUUUCCUCAAAUGGUUCAAACGGUUCAAUCCAACAAGUAAUGAGUACAUGAAUCGGAAUUGGAAGAAAGGCAAGGUAAUUAUUAUUCCGGGAAACGGUGGAAUUCCAGGGUGGGUGUUGCAUCAGGAGAUUGGAAGCCAAGUAAGAAUAGAGCUUCCUUUGAAUUGGUACGAGAAUGACCACUUUCUGGGAUUGGCUUUCUUCUUUCUUUAUCAUAAAGGGAAUCAUUUUGAGGUUCCAUAUUAUUUUGAUCUGACAUUGCACGGUGAUUCGGAUGAAGUUGUGGAUCACCUCUCCAUGGAUUCUUUGUGUAAAUGUCACGAGAUUAAUGGUGAUGUAUCAGAUGAAUUGUGGGUGACUCUCUAUCCUAAGAAUGCUAUUCCAAAUAAGUACCACCGCAAUCAACCAUGGCACUUUCUGGCUGCGUUUGAUUUUUCUACCCGGAUUAAUGGUGAGGUUACUCAUCCCAAUAUCAAGAGGUGCGGAGUUCAGAUGAUGUACACCCGUGAUUCUCUAAACAGCAGUGUGCCGAUGUUGUUGGAUCAUCAAAGAGGCCAUGAUGAUGCCGGGAAAAACCAAGCAGAUGAUCGGGAACCAUGCCGUAAAAGAUUGAGAGCAUCCAGCACUGAUCUCAAGCUUUAAGCUCCACUGCCAGGUUACAACAACUGAAGAAUCAAUGUUGACUUAGCACCACCAUGGCUGGACUCUGGAGCACCCUGCUGCCCUUCUAACCACCAUGAGAACCACUGCACUGCCAUUCUUGAAGCCAGGCUUGCCACCAUUUAGUAGAGUGAUCCCCACCUUGAUGUUGAUUCGAUGCACUUAUUUUUUAACAGGGUGUACUAAUUCUUCAGCAUGAUGUAUUCGUAACUAGCAUCCUUUGAUGUAGAAUGAGACAUGACAACUCUAUACAUGUCUAAGCAAGGAAAACUGAAAGGUCAUGUAAUAUCCAAAAUUUGCCAUGCCUUGCCUCAAAGCUCCUCCCUUCCGAACCCAUGGUUGCACAUAUACUGGAUCUUAUCCACGGUGGAAUGUAAGCAUCCUUGAUUUCAAUGCUGUAGGAGAG